AUGUCAGCAACACACGUUCAACCAAAGAGCUCGCCUCGGGAACUGUCAAAACGCAUGUUCUUCCUUGCAGGCUACUCGCUGACCGGAGCCGCACUCAUGGGAUCGUCUAUCGGUCUUGUUAUCUACCAGAGUCGUCAGUUCUAUGUCUUGCACCGUUUCAGUCGUUCUGACGAGAUGCACCCCCACCAUCAUCACGGCCGCUUCCAUGACUUUAACAACAGCCAGGCGUUUGAGGGACAAGAUCAAGGUUUGAACAGCAACAUUAACCACGACCCCUCGACGCACGGACAGUACCCACACCCUCGCUUCCAUGGCGGCGGCCAUGGCCAUCACAGAAGCCUUCAAUCCCUCUUCUUCUCAACCUGGCUCCCAAUCAUGGUCUGGUUCACUUCCCUCCUCACAAGCUCAUUCCUCAUCGCCGCCCGGAAAUGGGUUCCCCGCGCCAUGUCUGCCCGGACAGGCGUCCUCGUCAGUCAGUGUGUCUUUGCUCUCUUCUGGAUUCUUCUGGGCGCGAUGCAAGAAGUUCAGGAACGUCUGGUCGCAGAACGGAGAGCUGCUCGGACGAUGGGCAUGAACCCGAUUGCUGCAGCGAUGGAGGAUUCGAACCAAUUUGAUGUCAUGUUUGAGCUGAAGGAACAGAUCCGGUCGAUGAUCGUGCCGCUUUGUACGGUGUGGUACUUGACGGUUAUUCUCUUGGGCUCUGCGACGGGGUUGUUGACGGCGAGUAGUAGUUUGUUGGAGAAACAGCUUCACGGAGAGUAUGAUGAGGCUGUUUAUGAGCAGGAGGAGGAGAAGGAGGAGGAGGAGAAGGAGGAGGAGGCAGUUUUGCUGGUUGCUGAGGAGAAGGAGGCAUUGAUGAUGGAGGAUACCAAGCAGCCAUUGACGACUCUCACACAGCGACAAGACUCCGGAAGAUACAACGCUGGAAGCUUCUCGAGAUACACGACCCCUCAGCGCGUACAAUUGGGUCUGUUGAUGUUUGUACUCUUCAUGACCCAGAUGAAGCUUUUCCAUUGGAUCAUCCAGGCACGAUCCUUGCAGGCAUUCAUUGACGGAACCAGCACCUCAGUCUCGUUGACCUUGACGCUUGUCGGACUUGUAUCUGGUACCGUCAUGACCUCCCUUGGAGUCCACUUCCUCCCCAGGACCGCGUCAUCUUCGUCCGCAUAA